AUGCCGCCACCGCCCGGUCCCGGCCAGCCUCCGUUUGGCCAGUCGCCCUUUUCUGACGCGUCGGUCGGGCUGCGCGCGUCAAGCUCGCUGCCGCCGCCGCCGCCCUCGCUAGCUCGGCCGGGAGGGGGCGGGCUAGCCGCCUCCUCCGCGGCGGUUCCGCCGCUCCUCGCCGCGCAGGCGGCUGCAGAUGGCCGACCUCCAGCGGAGAUGCAGGCCACCGCCAGCAGUGCUGCGGAGCUCCUCGCGCCCUACCGACUCACCAACCCGCUGCCGCCGCUGCCCGUCGACCCGAAGCUGCUGCACCACGCGCGCGACAAGGAGGCGCUGGAGGUGACGUGGCUGCGAAAGACUCCGUUGAUGGGCAACAACCUCUACGAGGCGGUCGGGUACGGCAAGCACGCAGGGCAGCAGAUCGAGCGCAAGGUGGCCGAGGGCGCGCGGCGCGAGUCGCGGGCGCUCGCCGUGAGCGGCGACGCCGACGAGCGGGGCCGCACGCUGCGCCAGAUCGUCGAGUCGAUCGAGCGCUCCUUCGACGACGCGGAGGCGCUGACGCAGCAGAGUGUCCGCCACCCGACGGACCCGUCCCUCACCGCCGUCUCGGUGCUGCCCGUCCUCCCGGACGCGGACUGCUGGCCGAACGUGUACGCCCUCGAGGCGGCGGGCGACAGUGCGCCCAAGUUCGCGCGCGGGCGCGUGAAGCGUGCACUCGUGCGCGGUCAUGCGACCGCGGAGGCGGCGGGCGAGGCGAAGCGGUCGUACGAGCUGGAGUGGGUGCGCGAGUACGAGUACAAGGCGAAGCCGAAGGCGGAGGGCGAGGCGUACUUCUUCGUCGUCGAGCCCGAGGCGGGCGAGGUACUCUACAACGAGAUCACGUCCGAGAUCUCGCUCGCGCGAAAGACCUUCCGCACGGUCGCGCAGCGGCCGUCCGAGGUGAUGCUCACGCGCCGGCUGCUGGACGAGGACGAGGAGGGCUACGAGGAGCGCGCGACGCGCCGCCAGAAGAUCUCGUCCGAGUCGACGCUGCUGCUCACGCAUCGGGGCUGAGGCUGGUGGGGGUGGGGGGGGCCGGCCGUCGGCCACGCGGCCCCGGCCCUUGGCCGUACGGCGUUCUGGGCUCCUGCGUAGUGGGGUGCACGGCACUGCACUUGCUGGUCCGCGCAUCCCAGUCGUCAGUUUUUGGUGCACACACAAUACUCCCACAUGAAAGUAAGAUCUU